AUGCGGCAGCACCAUCGGCAGCAGCAGCAGCAGCAGCUGCUGCUGCUGCUGCUGCUGCUGCUGCUGGGGGAAGCCCUUUUGGGGCCUCUCUCAACUGCAGCAGCAGCAGCAGCUGAUGAAGUCCAGGAUGUGCAGCAGCAGCAGCAGCAGCAGCAGCAGCAGCACAGCCAGGGGACCCUUGCUGAAAUCGGAGCUUCAGCAGCAGCAGCAGCAGCAGAAGGAGGAGGAGGAGGAGCAGCAGAAGGAGCAGCAGCAGCAGCAGCAGAGUCAGCAGCAGCAGCAGCAGCAGAGCCAUCGACAGCUGCUGCAACUGUCAGCAACUCAGUGUCUUUCGGCCAAGAUGCUGCAGCAGGAGUUCCGGAUGAGCAGCAGCAGCAGCAACUGCAGCAGCAGCAGCAGCAGCAGCAGGAGCUGUCUGAGUUGCCUCCGCUGAAGCUUCAGCAAACGCAGCAGGAGCAGCAGCAGCAGCAGCAGCAGCAGCUGUCGAAGCUGCUGCAGCUGCAGCAGGAGCAGCAGCAAUGGAAAGUGAAACAGCUAGAGCAGCAGCUGCAGCAGGUGCAGCAGCAGCAGCAGCAUGAGCAGUGGCAGCAGCCCUCCAGCUCGCAGCUGCAGCAGCAGCUGCAGCAGGUACAGGCAAUGCAGCAGCAGCUGCAGCAGCAGCAGGCCCUGCUGGAGCAGCAGCAGCAGCAGCUGCAGCAGCUGGAGCAGCAGCAGCAGCAACAGCAACUGCAGCAGCAGCAGCAGCAGCAGCAGCAGCAGGAGAUGCCGCUGGGCCAGGCAGUCGUGCAGCUGCGAGACAUGAUAGAGAAGCAGCAGCAAAUUGAGGCGCAGCAGCAGCUGCUGCAGCAGCUGCAGCUGCAGCAGCUGCAGCUGCUGCUGAAUCACCAAGCCCCAGUCGGCGCCGUAACAGCAGCAGCAGCAACAGCAGCAGCAACAGCAGCAGCAGCAGCAGCUCAGGAGCAGCUCACUGUCAAAGACAUACUAAAGCUGGCAAGGAAUUCCCUCCAAGCCAGCAGCAGCAGCGCUGCUGCUGCUGCUGCUGCUGCAGCAGCAGCAGACGAAGACCCUGUGGGGUUGGAAGCAGCAGAAGCAGCAGAAGAGUCUUUGCAGAGGCAGCUGCUGCAGCUGUCAGCAGCAGCUGCUGCAAGCAGCAGCAGCAGCAGCAACGACUUCGAAAGCUACUGCAAGCAGGUCUUCUCGCGUGAAAGCCGCAGUCCAAUCCGAAUAACGUUUGGAGACUCGGACGCGUUCGUGGGGGCCCCUGGGGGCCCCUCGCGUCUGCACACUUUCAUUUUAAAUCUGGAAGAUUUGGAGCCGCUGCUGCAGCAAGCAGCAGCAGCAGCAGCAGCAGCAGCAGCAGCAGCAGCAGCAGCAGCACAGGCGCCUCUGAUAUCCUUCUACGCCACCGCUGACUCGCCGACGAGCGUCCGCAAGGGUUUAGGGUUUAGGGUUUAG